AUGUCCCGAAAUGUCGGCGCAGUGCCAUCGGCUCCGCGGAGGGGACCGCAUUGGUCCCAUCAUCUUCGACAGUCGAGCUCAACCAUCUCGGACCGCGCAUCCGAGAUAUCUCCCGCUUCGCCAAGGAGUAUUUCCACGCAUUCGACUGUCAAGGAUAUCAAGGAUGAGAAGCCGCGCAAGACCGAGCGCUAUUGCGCUGUCACGGUCAAUGACGGAUAUUCGCGAGACGAGGUGUUGCUGAACCUGGACCAGAUUGGCGGUGAUAUCAAGCCAGGCACCUUGAUGUCCAUCGCCGUCCUAAAGUCCGAGUCUGCGAAAUCUGCGGCGGGAUUCGGAAGCCUCAAGAAACAACCACAUGAGGACAAUGGCAGCCUGCGAUACCAACAUAUUGGCCCCUGCGACCCAAACUCCCUCGGCGACCAAUACAUCUUUGUCGCAAAGGAUAUGCCCAAGGAGACCAAAGCCCGGAAUCCCGAUAUUGAAGUACAAGUUGUUAAGCACAUUGCGGACAUCUUUGGGAUGAAGAAGGGAUCCAUUGUCCUACUGGCACCGGUUGACAAGGACCACCCGGUUACCGAAGCCACGCACGUUGAGAUGAUAUUCAAGGAUCAGUAUCUUUCACGAGCAGAUAUGUGGAGGGUAGCUGUUGGGGAGCUGACGCAGCGGACCGUGUAUAAAGGACAGUCUCUCCUGUUCAUGGGAACGAUAAAGGCACAAAUCACGACGGUCUUUGUUAAUGGGAACAGCGUCCAAUCGGCCUUCUUUGGCCGCGAGACAAGGCCAAUAUUUCGCAGCGAGUCCGCUAGAUAUGUGCUCUUUAUCCAAAUGUCCAAAGAGAUGUGGGACUUUGACUCGGACAGCUCUGGCGAAAUCAUGUUCAGCAAAGUUGUCAACGGUUUUCUACCAGCCCUCUUUAAGAGGUGGGCUAUGCUAAAGGUAAAACACUUAGUUAGCAUUGUGCUCUUUGCUCGUGUCGAAUAUGAUACAGGCUUGACGAAUGAGCUGGACGUGAGCGCGCUCCAAUCGGAUUACUACACGGGGAUCCAGCCCUAUGGGAACCGGCGGCCAUACAAAGACUUCUAUCGAGUGGUAGUGAGUGAAAUGGCUAGCGGAGAAUGGACCAAAAUCCUGUACCAACUGAAGAAGGAACUAAACUACUUUCGAAGAGACAUCACUCUGCAUCACCUAACAGCAUAUCCGUUGGAUGGCCUCAAAGGAGGCACAUCCAGUAGCGAAGCAGCCAAUCGGAUCAGAGCCGAGUCUUCCUUUGCCAUUCACGGCAAUAUUUUGGAAGCCAUCAAUCUCGCCUGCGCACAGUUCUCCCACGAUUAUAUCGAUCGGGACUUGACCAGGACUGGCAUCUCCAUCGCCGUCAUUAGCGCCGGCGCUGGCAUCUUUGAAGUGGAUUAUGAGACACUGCGAAGAACUACAGAAGCCCUAGUAGGAAAUGGCAUCGGAAUUGAUUUGAUCUGCAUGGCUCAAAUGCCCCUACACUCUGUUCCUCUCUUCAGAUAUCGCAAUCCGCGAUUUUCACUAGCGGGAGAAUCCUCGCAAGACCGUCACCAUUCGUUGUCGAGGUCCUUUCACAGUCGUGAUAGCACACCAGGCCAACCAACUCCCAUCAUCGGAAGCUUUCAGUCCAACUCUGGCUCUUUCUCCCCCACAAAAAGCAGAGACAUGAUGCGACGUGUUGAACACUUGGAUUCUCAAGGUAGGCGUGAUGAAUGGUGUUAUGUACUGCCCCAAUGGCUGCACGUUUCGUUCUGGACGGGCACCUCAAACGAAGCACUUUCAUACGCGGGCGUGGCCUUGUCUGUAUCAAACAAGUUGGGGCAAGAUGACGACGAUGAUUUCAAAAUAAGAUGCCGGAUGUACGACCUUCAGAUGCGGAGUGCACUUGAUACGAAUGAGAUCGAAAUCACCCCUCUGCACUCUGACUCUCAGUAUCCAAGCGAUAUUUUUGAGAAGAGUAGCUUCUUGAAGAGACGCCAAGAGGCGAUUGGUGGUAUCUGGUACAACCCCCCGACUCGUCUUCCGGAUCACCUGUACGAUACCAUCCAGGGAUUUCAGAGAUUCUCGCCCGAGAGGCAUGGGCGGCCCGCCGAAAGGCCAUCUUGGAAACAGCUACAAGAGUUUGAUGAUUCUAGAGCCAUUUUGACUCACCACAAACGACACCACCACCAUCAUGCCUCAGAAGCAGGCCUCAGAUCAGACGAAACUCGGAGGCACCAUAUGGAGGACUUGAAUGUUCUGGGCUCAUCUCUUCCGGAAAAGAAAUUGUUCAACAACGCUCCAUCGGCUAGAAAGCUUUCGAUGAACCAGGCAGAGAUAGAGAAACCGAACAUGUUCUCAAAGCGGAGAGUCUCUUCAUCUUCGUCUUCAUCUUCAAAGCAGCCCAAAUUCAUGAAGCAAAUUAGUCUUGGUCACCGAGGAUUCGGCAUAGCAGCUCCAAAGAUUGCAGCAGCCGAGGUGAAGGCCGAAACUGUCAAUGCGGCCGUUACCAAGUCGAACGUCGCGCCAUCAACUCCUCGAUCACGUCCGGACCUGAGACCUUCUACGCCUCAGACAAUCAGGAGCCAAUCGCCAUUUUCAAUAAACAGGCUCAAACCAGAAACGGUUGAUCCUACUAUUGAGAGAAUAUCUUCGACGCCAAGCAUUCCCAUCUUGAAGAAAAAUGGGUCAAAUCGUCACGAUAUGCACUUGUACAAUCUAAAAGCGGGAACGCCUGCUCAUAAUUCAACAAUGCGUACUCACGGCGGCAGUCUCGAGGACGACAGCGAAUUAUAUCAAAACAUGUUCCGGGCGGAAGAUCAUAAAGUUGUCGUGAGCAAACUUCGGGCCGGUGUUGGCGUGACACCAGAGCCUCCCCAGACAAUUUCGCCGGCGUCAGCAAUCAGUCCCUGGCUGGUAAUAUUGAAUCCAUCUGAUCCGGAGAAGAAUCAGAUAGACGCGGCCAAUCUAUACACGCGCUGGCAGCACAUCUUCCCUCGCAUAUCCGAGAUGAAGAUACAGAAAUGGAAAGCUCUAUGCUGCCCCGCUGCAGUUCCGUUGACGACUGAAUACUUUCCUACUAGAGCACAGUUUGAUACCGAGUAUCAGAGGCACCCUUACAAUGUGGAUCAAAAUGUAGAUGACGACUCGUCCGAAGAGCCGAAAACUCGACAAGAGUUUAUUAGCGAGCUGAUUAGUCUGCGAUUUUCGCAAGGGUUUCAGGUAGUAGUUGGGCCAGCCGUGGCGAGAGCAUUUGGCCAAAAGGUCAUCAAGCUUGGAGACAUCUUUUCUCGUGACCAAGUUCUUGAAGAUGGCACAAGUAUAUUCAUGUCCGUUGGCAACACCAUCCAUCAGCUCUCGUGCGUAAAUGGGACUGAAGUAGAGGUCAACAUCUACGUGAGAAAACCCACAGCAGAUAUGUCGGGCCUGCCGCAAGGAUUCUCUCCCAUGUACAGGCCGGCCAUCCGAACGCUCCUUGAUGCAGACUAUGAAGCUCGACAUAUAGAGCUGCUGUCACUUCCAAGGCCCGAUCGCAACUGGAACAUGAUUGAUUCGUACGCUGCGGGUCAUCACGAUGAGAUGAUGGAGAGCUUGCGCUUCUGGAGAGCCCGGUUCGUCCUCAUCCCGCUGGUCGCCCACAAUCCUUCAGUGCCUAGAACGCAAAACGGCCUAUACCCUGAAGAAAUCAGAAUCGAGGGAAUCAAGCGCUUGGCGCAGCUGUGGCAGAAGAACCGCUACAUACCGCCGGCGGAACGCCGAUUCCAAACUGCCAGAGGGCGUGGGCAGCUAGAUCGCAGCCCUCUGGAUAUUGUCUACAAGACGGAAGAUCCAUCCGUCGUCAUUGCAGCUGAGCUGGAAACACUACCCCUGAUUGAGGGCCUCGAGGGCGGCAUGAGUAAGAAGCAUCAACUCGUAUCGAGGAAAGACCGGUUUGAAAAAUCCAACUUGAAUUUUUCUGUCCUGGCCGAAGCCAUGCAGCAGCCUGUGGAACAGGGAGGUGUUCCAUUGCGGAACCGCCGCUGGCAUCUUCGGCUGCAUUAUCAUUCUUUCCUGGGGUCUGAUAUGACGACCUGGUUAUUAGAGAACUUUGAUGAUCUCGAGACGCGUGAAGACGCGGAAGAUUUAGGCAACGCGCUGAUGGUGCCGGAAGAGUUCAGAGGCAAAGAGAAGGACAAGGAUAAGGAUGUAAGUGAAAAAGAGAAGGAAAAAGAAAAGUCUAAGGGGCUUUUUGUGCACGUCGAGAGACGACACCGUUUCAGGGAUGGCAAUUACUUUUAUCAGUUUGCCCCCGAGUUUGCAAAACACCAGUCGGGCUGGUUCGGCAGCAAGAAGAAGGAGGUCCCCCUGCCAUUGACGCCGAUGACGGAGUCGUCUAUGGGCUCGGGUAGAAGAUCGGUACAUGAAGAUCACUCGCCGUCGUCACUGACCAGCACUCCCACGCUGUCGGCGAUAAAUGUAGCCAAGAGUCGGCCCAAGGUUAUCCUCAGCAAGGUCAUCAAAUACGAUGUAGAUCCUAGGAAGAGGUCAUAUCGCCCUGAACGGAUUGACCUGCACUACGACCGUCUUCACAACCCAGAUAACUGCUACCAUGUGAGGAUCGACUGGAUGAACGCAACGGCGAAGCUCGUGGAAGAUGCUGUCGAUAUUUGGGAGCGCGAGGCCAGCCAGUACGGUCUUCGCCUCGUUGAGGUCCCCAUUAGGGAGGCCAGCGGCAUCACCGAUGUCAAUCCCUUUCGCAGGGCAUAUCCCAUCAAGCUUGCGGUCCAGCCACCUGACCAAAAGCCUGAGACAUUUUACGAUCCAAACUCUCUAGGGCCGCAGACGGUCCCGACAAAGCACUUUUAUCAAAAGUCCAUACUGCGGCACUUUGACUUUGUGCUCGAUACUGAGGCGGCGUCAAACUAUCCCAGCAACGUAGACAUUAUCUACUCCUGGGGGCGCCCGGACUACAAGUACACACAGUACAUUCACCGCACGGGAGUCCUGCUCGCCCAAGUGACGGACGACGGCGAUUUCCUCGUAUUGGCAAACAGGCUGUACGGCAGAAGGGCUACGAAAGAGAGGGAGACCGCGGCUAGGAACAUGGCCCCGAUGGAUCAGCCUCGACACCACCAGCAUCACCACCACUAUCAACACCCAUACCACCACUACUCGCCUAGUCUCAAAGCCACAAACGACAGCCCCAUAGGCAAGGCCCAAAACCAGCAUCAGCAGCUCUAUUCCUCCGUCUACGCCGGCGCACAGCUCAACGAGCCCGAGGCCCUCAAAGACGAGCUCGAGGCAUUCUGCUCCGACGCCGCGGCACUCGAGGCUUUUUACAAGGAGACGCUGGAAAAGGGCCAGUACAUUGAGGGCACGCCCGCAACGGCCCCGGCGGCGAUUCCGCAGGGCUUGGAGGCCGUGCCCGAGACGAGCAUCCCGUCGCUGGGGUUGCCGCCGGGCGUGUUGGCGUCGUUGGAUGGGGGCGGGCCGGCGGGUGCGGCGGCGGCGCUGAGGAUUGGGAGUCCGAUGAUAUUCUUGAGGAGGGGAAGUGUGCAGUUUGAUGGC